AUGUCGUACAGCAAUUCCCACUGCGGUAGAAUCGUCCUCCAAACUGUAAGUUCAAAGAAAUUAAAACAAUCAAGAACAGUAACGUUAUUCUUGUAUAUAAAGUAAUAUAUGUACAUAAUUAUAUGUAUAUACUCAUGUAAAUACAUUUCUUUUUCUUUCACGUCAUUAAAAUAAAAACAUUUUUAUGUUUUAAAAGAGGAAUAAUGUUAAAAUUGCAUUAAAACAAUAGCAAAAUUUAAAGAGAAGAUAGCAAAAUUUUAAGAGAAAUUAUUGCAAUUAAUCAAUUAAUAUUGUUUUCACAUCUAAAUUUCAUUACUGUUUACACUAUCAGCCCCAAAAAAAGACUACCAAUAACUAGAUUAGGUUUCGUAUGAUCAUAACCAAUUUGGUCUGCUAGUCUCUGAAACAGAAAUCAGAACACGUUGAAACGUUUCUCUUUCUCUUUUAUGACUUUUGCAGUUUCACGAAUUAAUACUAUUAGUUUUGUUCGAUCAUUUGAUUAACAGCUAACCGUGUUCUGGGCUGAGCAAUGAUGGUUGUGCGCAAAUUAUCCGAGAUUGAGGCGACGCACAAAUCUGUAAGCACAAAGCAAAGGAGAAUACUCUCAGUGCAUUUUCUGCGCCAUUUUCUUACAGUUUGCCUUCUCCAACCUACCACGUAAUUAACCCUAACAUUUUCUGCAUAGCAAUGGCGAUCCUAAUUAAUAAAAAGAUCUAAUGCGAUCGACCUUCACAAAAAUAUAUUUCGUUUGCGUUGUGCACCCUACUCUAACAACUUUUUCAUAAUAGGUAUGUCUCUUCUUUAAUAAAAGAAUAAAUUACCUCAUCUUUACAUAAUAAUAUAAAUUUGGCGAAUUUUGAGAAUAUCUUAAAAAAGAUAUAUCGCCAUUGCAUUUCCUAUUUAUAAGCCUCUUUGCAUUUUAUAUUUAAAAAUUAAAUCCGAAAUUAAAGAUAUUACUCAUUCAAUUUUUAAGUGAAAAAAAAACAUGAAAUUAAAGAAAAACAUGAAAUUAAAGAAAAACUUAGUCAAUAUUUUAGAUAAAAUAUACCCAAACAAUUAUUUUGGUUUUAAUAAAAAAAAUUAGAAGCUUAUAAUUAGGAUGAAAGAAAAUUACCCUAAAAUGCUGACCUAUCUAAAAUACGCAUCAUAUUUGGUACUCGACAAUAGAUGCUGUGUCAGUGGGAGUUUGCAAAACUCUGAUUUGUUCUGUUCAACGAAUGUAGCGUUCUCUUUCUUUGUUUGGCGCACGCUCAUGAUCACAGCUCAGUCGUAGGCCACAGAUUCUGUACUGUCUCUCCGCUGUAACAUCUCAGAACAGAAGGACAACCAUACAUUAGUUUUAUUGAGGGCCAACGAUCACCUAUCACCCUAGCCUACCAAAAUAUAUUCUGAAACUGCAAUAGACCACUCAACACUUAUAGCUUGCCAGCAGUUUAAUAGAAAGCUAGCACUUGAUUGUCCUAAGUAAAUAAUAUAUGUUUUUCUUCAUCAUUUCCUUUGCUUAGAAAUAUAUUAUGCUUGCUGUUGCUUCUGUGUUCACCGUCUUUUCCAGUUGUACGCUUAAUCGUGUAAUUUAUUAGUGUACAUUAGGAAUAUACAUUUAUUUGGGAAUAUUAGCAAUGUACCUUCAACUCUAGGUUUCUUGUUUGGAGGUUCCACAUUAUUCUGAGAUGUUGGUGCCUAAAAACAUAUAAAAGAUUCAUUUAUACAAUUAAGGCAAGAGAUUACUAUACAAUAAAAACAAGAUUUAUAUACAAUAAAAACAAGAGAUUACUAAUAAAAAGAACUUUUAAAAUGUUUAUCAAUUGAACUAUUUUCCUAAGUAAUUCCACUUCCUUCAAUAAUAUCAGACUAUAAAAUUAUGAUUUUUAGAUAUAAUUACCAUUGUAAUGGAAAAGAACAUAUUUUACAGUUACGCAAAAAAAUUUCAGAGAAAAUAUAAACACCUUGAAUGAAUCUAAAACAAUAUAAUAUUAAAAAUAAAACUUAAUGGAAGAAGAGUUAAUAAUUUUAUUUAUUAUAAAGACUGAAUGUUGUUUAAAUAAUGUAAAAUAUAUUACUAUUAUGUUUUAUUGAAUACUUAGAGAAUAUUAAUCAGAAGUACGUUAGAAGCAUUUUACAACCGCCAUCAUGAUCCAAAAAAUUUGCUAUUAUGAGAAAUUCAAUAUUUUUGCAGAAAUAAUGAUAACAAUUAGCUUACCAUGGCCAUUGCUCCGUUCAUUAUCCUUUGUAAUCCAACACGCUAAGAUAAACUUCUCUUGGAUCUAUUUUACCAAGUAAAUCUGAACCGAUUCGGAACAAGUAACUUACAUGCAAAAAGAUCCGAAGCUUACCUUCACGGAAGUAUUAUAAGUACUAUGUAAGUCAGUAACAAUUCUAGAUUAAAUUGUAUGAUAUUUCUUUGAAUAAAUAAUAAAGAUAUUUUAAUUUCAAUUUGAAAUAAAAAUAUUAUCACGCCGAAAAUAUUUCAUUGCGAAAUAUUUUUAACUAUUAAAAGUAACUGUGACCGACUGUGACUACUACUAAUUACAAUUUGACUGCAGUAGUAUGAUUGUGACAAUUACAGAUGUGCAUUUAAAGGUUAAAAACUAAUGUAAUUUCUUAACUAAAGAAUCAAAUUACAAUGAGUUCCAAUGACUUUCAAAUCAGAUUAAUCAACAACGAGAAGGUAUAAUUCAAUAUGCAUAUAAGUAAUCAUUAUUUUAUAUAAAAAUUUAUAUAUUACUAAAUAAGAGACACAUGAAACUUUUUUUUGCAUUUGUCUAAUUAUUAAUUAUUAUUAAAAGUGAAAUAAUUAUAUAUGUUUUACAGGGCAAGGGUCUUUUCGCAGUUCGUUUAUUUAAAAAUGGGGACACAAUUUUGGAAGAGAAACCUAUAAUUUGUUGUCAAUUCUCAUGGAAUUUAGAAUAUGGAUAUUUAGCUUGUGACAAUUGUUUAAAACCCUUAGAAACUGCCGAGGAGAAUGUACAUAGAUUGACUGGAAAUUCAACAAUUAUUUUACCUCAUCCAGAAUGCUGCGAAACAAAGAAAGAUUUGAUUACAGAAUGUCCUGAAUGUGGCACAAAGUAUUGUAGUACUGAAUGUCAGAAUAAUGCUUUAAGAUAUCAUAGUACAAUAUGUUUACAAUCAAGAGAAAAGGAUGAGUUUCAUCCUUUGGUGCAAUUAAAUGAAACAUGGAAGCAAAUGCAUUAUCCACCAGAAUCAGCAACAGUGAUGCUAUUAGUUAAAAUGGUAGCUCUUGUUAAUCAAGCCAUUGAUAAAGAAGAAAUCCUUUCAACUUUUUCUCAAUUUUGUCAUCGUACAGUUAAUGAUACACAUGAAAUUGCACAUAAACUUUUAGGAGAAAAAUUUAUUGGUCAGAUUGAUGUGCUCAGACAAAUGAUGCAGAAAGCUGUAAAUACAGAAUUUACAGAACAUUGGUUUACACCAGAAGGUUUUAAAAGUCUAUUAGCUUUAGUAGGUACAAAUGGCCAAGGAAUUGGAACUAGCGCAUUUAGUCGUUGGGUUAAAAAUGUAUCUGCUUUGAAAUUACCGAGAGAUGAAAGAAUUCAAGUUGAUAAAUUAAUAGGUCGGAUUUAUGAUGAUAUGGAAGAAGCGGUGGCUUUCUUUUUGAAUAAUGAAGGUUCUGGCCUUUAUAUUCUUCAGUCAUCAGUAAAUCAUAGUUGCGUACCAAAUGCAGUCGUAGAAUUUCCUUACUCAAACAAUGUAUUGGUUCUAAAAGCUAUACGUGAUAUUCAUCCUGAAGAAGAAAUAUGCAUAAGCUAUCUUGAUGAAUGUUGUUUAGAAAGAAGUAGACAUUCUCGACAAAAAGCUUUAAGCUCUUUAUACUUAUUCCAUUGUUAUUGUAAUAAGUGCUUAUCACAAGCUAACGAUUUAGAUUUGACAUCAGAAGAUGAAGUAGAUGAUAAUGAUAUGUCCAACUGAAAAUAUAAAUUUUUAUAGUAUAUAUACACAUAAAUAAAUUUUUUAAUGUAUUCAUAUAUAUUAUAAUUAUUCAAUUUACCUGUAUUUAUAUAUGUAAUGUAACUUUAUUAUUGACUCGUGAUAUUACUAAUUAGGUACAAAUAUUAAGUAUAAAAUUAAUACAAAUUUUACAAAUAUAAUUCUUUAUCUGGUUUCAUUUCAUUUCUAUAGGAUUCCUUGUAACAAUCAAAAUAUUUUGUCACAGACAACACAAUCAUAUUUGAUGUAAUAACAAUCUCGUAUUUAACGCAACAUCAAACAAUAUUUCUAUAUAAUUAUCCUCUGUAGUAGUAAGACACUUAAUAUUUAACUUAAAUAACGCUCAUGUAAUUAAAGAAUAUAUUAUAAUUAUACAUAAAAUCUUUUACUUAUAAAUCAUUAUAUUGUAGUAAAAUACUAAAUAAAUUGUUUUAUCAUGAUAUACAUUGUAAUAUAUACAUACACACACACACAUGAAAAUAUUAUUAGUACAUUAAUUUCUACAAUUUUUGAUAGAUUUUUUGUUAUACAUUAUAUAUCAUAUUUUUUAUACAAACCAGAUAAACGCAUUUUUUAAUCUUGUCAAUUAAUAAGAAUAAAAAGAUGUACCAUGUUCCUUUAUUUUUAAUUAUAUCAAAAUUACAUUUCAUUAUAUUUAUUAUAUUUAUUCAACUAUUUUGAAAUACAAAAAUUUGAAAUAUUUAAUAUUAAAAACAAUAACAGGAUAAAUUAUUUUACAUUUUUACAUAUAAUGGUAAUACUUUGUUACCAAUUUGUCUGUUAUAUAAUUAAUAUGACAAGCAAGCUUUGCCUGCAUCACUUUUUUAUGUUAAAUAUUAAUUAUUGAUCACUUUUAAGUGUCAAUUCAUUUUUUCCUAAUAUCAUUAAAUUUGAUAUAUAAUGAGGCACAGGUGUAACAAGUAUACGUCGUUCUAUUAAUUUUGAUAAAAAUGCGGCAAUAUUUUGACUACGAAAUUCCCAUCUGAAAUAAAUUUAAUUUAAUUAAUAUAUAAAAAAUUAAAAUUCUGUUAAAAUUACAUAUUAAAUCAUAUGUAAUGAACUAUCAUGAUUUCAUUUAAAAAGAACUCACGUUGCUUGUAUGUUUAUAUUUGGCAAUUUUUUUGAUAUAUCUUCAUGUGAUACAGGUAAAGUAGGCCCAUUUACGACAACAACUUCUAAAACUGGAGGAUUAUCACCAAAACAUGAAUCUGCGUACUUUUUCCGCUGCUUUUGUUGAGUAAAAUCUACACCUGUCUUCCUAUAGAAUAAAUGUAUGAUUACUUCCUUUUAUAAUUUUUAAGUUUUAUUUUAUUUAAGAAUUUGUAAAAGAAAUAUUACUUCCUAUCAGGAUUACCAUCUUCAUAUACCAAAGUUUUAUUAAUAUUCUGAGAAUUUAUUGCCCCUUCUUUCCUCUUCCAACAUAAUAUACUCAAAGAUUUAAGGUCUCUACCCAUUAAUUUUAAUCUUUUGACAUCUUCAUAACCCAAGCUUCUUGCUAUUGCAUUUAAGAUAUCAGACGAGAUAUUUUUUUUUGUAGAAAAGAAAUAUUUUUGACCCAUAAAUAAAGCACAACAGAACAUCGCAUGUUGAACUUUAUUUUGUUUAUUCUUUCUUUUUGUUUCUACUAAAGAGAUAUAUGUAAUAUCAUUAUGUGUAUAUAUUUUUAAAUUAAUUUUCAUGUUUAAUGAAUUAAAAUUAUCUUUCAUGUUAUUUUGAAUCUUUCUAAUUAUAAGAUAAUUUGCAGAUUUAUUAGAACCUAUUAAUGUAUAGCCAUACCACAUCUUUUUAUAACUGUGCCAACUUGUAUCUGAAAAUAUCAAUUUCAUUAUCAAUCUGUAAAAUAAAUACAGUGCUACAAAUGAAUUUUAUGCGUCUUACCAAUUAAAUGUAAUGACAACAAGCGAUCUUUUAAACUCUUUUCUUUAAGUCUUUUUUGCUACAAAAAGAAAUAAGAAAGAUAAUAACGCAAAAGAUAAAAUAAAUAAGAUUACAUAAAUAAGAUACAGUCGUGCAUAAAACUUACAGUAAUAAUCAUUUUAAUAACUUGUCCUACAUUAGCAGAUGUAAAAUUUUUAUGAUGUUUAAUUAAUUCAGAUCUUACAUUAUCCCAUGACAUCUCUGGAAAAAUUGGCAUUAUCGAUAACUCUAAUUCCUCAAAUUUAA